AUGUCUGUUGAAAAAUCGGAAUCAUUUGAAUUUCAAGCUGAGAUUUCUCAGUUGAUGAGUUUGAUCAUUAACACUGUCUACUCCAACAAGGAAAUCUUCUUGAGAGAACUUAUUUCCAAUGCUUCAGAUGCCAUUGAUAAGAUCCGUUAUGAGUCUCUUGCUGACCCCAAGAAGUUGGAGACUGAGCCCGAGCUCUUUAUCAGAAUUACUCCCAAGAAGGAGGAGAAGAUUUUGGAGAUCCGUGAUUCGGGUAUCGGUAUGACCAAGGCUGAUUUGGUCAACAACCUUGGUACUAUUGCCAAGUCUGGUACCAAGUCUUUCCUUAUGGAGGCUCUUUCUGCUGGUGCCGAUGUUUCCAUGAUUGGUCAAUUUGGUGUUGGUUUCUACUCUCUUUUCUUGGUUGCUGACCGAGUCCAAGUUAUUUCCAAGCACAAUGAUGAUGAGCAAUACAUUUGGGAGUCAUCAGCUGGUGGUAAGUUCACCAUCACCUUGGAUGAGGUUAAUGAGAGAAUCUCUCGUGGUACUAUUAUCCGUAUGUUCAUGAAGGAGGAUCAAUUGGAGUACCUUGAGGAGAAGAGAAUCAAGGAUGUCGUCAAGCGUCACUCUGAGUUUGUUGCUUACCCCAUCCAACUUGUUGUCACCAAGGAGGUUGAGAAGGAGGUUCCUGCUGAUGAGGAGGAAGAGGAGAAGGUCGAUGAUGACAAGAACCCCAAGAUUGAGGAGGUUGACGAUGAAGAAGAGGGAGAGAAGAAGACUAAGGAGCCCAAGAAGAUCAAGGAGACUGUCACUGAGAACGAGGAGCUUAACAAGACCAAGCCUUUGUGGACCAGAAACCCCUCUGAGAUCACCAAGGAGGAGUAUGCUACUUUCUACAAGUCGAUUUCCAACGAUUGGGAAGACCACCUUGCAGUCAAGCACUUCUCCGUCGAGGGACAACUUGAGUUCAAGGCCAUUCUGUUUGUGCCAGCCAGAGCUCCUUUCGACUUGUUCGAGUCUAAGAAGAAGAAGACCAACAUCAAGCUUUAUGUUAGACGUGUUUUCAUCACUGACGAUGCUGAGGAGUUGAUUCCUGAGUGGCUUUCAUUCAUCAAGGGUGUUGUCGACUCUGAGGAGUUGCCUCUUAACUUGUCUCGUGAGAUGCUUCAACAAAACAAGAUUCUUAAGGUUAUCCGCAAGAACAUUGUCAAGAAGGUUAUUGAGACUUUCAACGAGAUUGCCGAGGACCGUGAGUUGUUCGACAAGUUCUACGCUGCUUUCUCCAAGAACCUCAAGCUCGGAAUCCACGAGGACUCUCAAAACAGAGUGGCUCUUUCCAAGUUGCUCAGAUACAACUCUACCAAGUCUACUGACGAGCUCACUUCUCUUUCUGACUACGUCACCCGUAUGCCCGAACACCAAAAGAACAUCUACUUCAUCACUGGUGAGUCGCUCAAGGCCGUUGAGAAGUCUCCAUUCCUUGAUGCUCUUAAGGCCAAGGACUUUGAGGUUCUUUACCUUGUCGACCCCAUUGACGAGUACGCCAUGACCCAACUCAAGGAGUUCGAAGACCACAAGUUGGUUGACAUCACCAAGGAGUACGAGAUUGAGGAGACCGAGGAGGAGAAGAAGCAACGUGAGGAGGAAGUCAAGGAGUUUGAGGAGCUCACCAAGUCUCUUAAGGAGAUUCUCGGUGAUGCUGUUGAGAAGGUUGUUGUUUCUCACAAGCUUGUCGAUGCUCCUGCUGCUAUCCGUACCGGUCAAUUCGGAUGGUCUGCUAACAUGGAGCGUAUCAUGAAGGCACAAGCUCUCCGUGACACCUCGAUGUCUUCAUACAUGUCAUCCAAGAAGACUUUCGAGAUCUCGCCCAAGUCACCUAUCAUCCGCGAGCUCAAGAAGAAGGUCGAGGCCGACGGAGUUCAAGACCGUACUGUCAAGGACUUGACUACUCUGCUUUACGAAACCGCUCUUUUGACCUCUGGUUUCACACUUGACGAGCCCAACUCGUUUGCCUCGCGUAUCAACAGACUGAUCUCGCUCGGUCUCAACAUCGAGGACGCUCCCGAAGAGGAGGCCGCUCCCUCAACCGAGGCCCCCACCGACGAGGCCGCCGCUGAGUCGGUCAUGGAGGAGGUCGACUAA